ACAUUUAGAAUAAUUUCUCGGGAUUUCGGACAUCACUCUCUGCCAGGAUUUGGUUUUCUCUACAAGAAAUGCUCAGUAUGGCACUUUGGCGGGCGGUGACUGCGGCCUUCCUCCUCCUAUGCGUCACGCGUGUUGGCUCGGUCGACUUGACCAUAACACCGGGGGCAGUCGGCCCCGAGGUUGUGGAGGCAACUGUCCAGCGAAUCCUUCUCUCCGACAUCUUCUCGGAUGAUUUCUCCCUGCUACGCCGCCUGGCCGCGGUGGAGACGGCCGACGGUACGGACUCGGCUGCAUUUGCUGGCGGCCUGGCUGGAGGUAUCUGGAGGGUGAGCGAGGAGGCGUUUCAGAGGACCAAAGAGCUGACCGACGUGGGGUGGGAAAGUUACUACAAUGGCAUCCUGGACGGUUCCUUUGGCGUCAACUGGCGUGACGUCACAUACUCGGACCUGCAGGUACCCCUCAUAUCGGCCCUGGCGGCCCGGAUAUACGUCCUGAUGACGUCACCGCCCGUCGACAAGGUGGCCUACGAGGCGGAGGAGCAGGCCGCGUGGUGGAUGCGGUAUUACAACACAGAGGGGCAGGAGUUUGAAUUUCUCAUCAAAGUCGCGGAGUUGGAACAGCAAGCGGUUUGCAAGAUCGGUAUGGAUGUGGUCUUUGCCCUGGACGCGUCGCUGUCCGUGGGCUCAGAAGGUUUUUUUCGAAGUAAAAACUUCGUGAAACAGGUUGUGGAUGCGUUUAACAUCGGUUCACGUGACGACCAGACCCGGGUGGGCUGUCUCCAGUUCUCGCACGAGGUCACCGUGGCCUUUGACCUCGGUGACCAUGACAACAGAGAUGACAUCAUGAGAGCCGUGGAUGAGAUCAACUACAAUGGAGGGGGUACUGCCAUGGGUACGGCCAUUGACUACAUACGUCAGAACAGCUUCAGCGUGGAUCGCGGGGCCAGGCCCGUCGACUACGCCGUGCCGCGUAUUGCUAUCAUUCUCACCGACGGCAAAACCAACAAAGAGUUCCCCAUUCUCUUCCCGUCUGCGUUAGCCCACCGUGAUGGCAUCAUCAUGUACUGCAUCGGCAUCGGUGAUUCAGACGACAGCGAACUCUCCUUGAUUGCUACCCGGCCUAUCGCCUCACACGUCCUGCAUGUGCUCAACUACGAGUCCGUCAGCUACCUCAAGAACAUCAUGGCCACCAGGACGUGCAGAGAAACGACUGCUGUUGCCGUCGGUCAACCGAUUCGGACAGACUUGGAGGAAGGCGAAGCCCGCUUCAUCUCAUAUGAGAUUGAUGCAACAGAGGGCGCUACGAUCAAAUUCAUGGCGCCGUCCGGGCUGGUCACGGUCUACCUAUCUUCGGAGGUACCCAACCCUAACGAGGCUGUGCAUGACUACAAAGUGGAACCGGAUGGGCGAGUGGAUCUCUUCAUAGAUCCCACACAACUCGCUUCCAUGAGUCGUACCAAGCGUGCGGCAGAUGGCGCCUCAGACCCGUCCCACGUGAAGGUCUACACGGCCAUCUACUCCCGGAGUAACGGCACGCAGCUGUACGUGGAAUCCUCGGCGGGCAACACAGCAGAUCACAGCUUUAUCCCCGAGGCCCCGAGCGGUACUGUCGCGCCUGUUGACCCGGGCGCCGGGCCGCAGCCAGCCCCGCAGCUUGGCUCCAACGCCCCGCCCGGUCCUUCGACGUCCGUGCUGAUCGGUGUUGCCAGCCUUGUUAUGAUUGCUGUGGUUCAUGCGCAGUUAGAUUUUUAAAAUCCCAAGUGAUUGGUUUUAUUUCAUGCCUUAUAUUGUCAGUACCUAUUCGAUGAUUCGAAAUACUUAAUGGGUCGCCAUUUUCAACUACUAAUUCAAUAUGAUACAUGUUUCAUUUCAUACUAGACAUAAUAUUAUAUUCCUUGUAAGAAAUGGAAAGAAAAACUCACGCUGAUCUUGAUUUAAAACAUCGUGCUACUUUGCAACAUACUCCAUUCAAAUAUCAAUUUAAACGAACCGUUUGUUACGCAUGCGCACAACAACAUUCUACUCUUAAUUAAAACUGAAUAUUUUCAAAAUUUAUUUCCAAAAAUUUAUCACUAAGAACUCCCUUGAUCCAUGAACAGAAAAAUUGUUUUCAGCCAAAAAUUGCAACUUUUUUUUCAGGAUCAGUGUGUUUGUGCCUUAUACAUGUACAUGGAUAAUGUAUAUACAAGCCGUAGGCUACUAAGCAUAAUUGCAUGUACAGUGAAAAGUAGUUUUAACCCUAAAAGAGCCAUAGGUUUCGAUAUUACCUAUUUAAAAAAUUCAUGUCGAGCCUUUAAAAUAUGAGUUUGUCGGGAAGAACUUUAUAAAAAACUAUAUCAUUAUCGUUGACGCAGAGUGCAGAAAAUGUGUACAAGUUACAAGGCCGUUAGCAUUUCUUUUAUAAAUUGAGCAAAACAAGUGCAUUUUCACCGACUGAGUGUCACUGUUAAACACAUUAUUA